AUGGCGACUCCGGACCCCCAAGAAAACGAGCAAGAGUUCGAAGGUGCUUCCUGGGAAGAAGAGGAGGAAGACGGGUAUGAGGGUGCCAAUGAGACUCAGCAUAGUGACCAAAAAGAUCAAGAACCCGACUCUGCACUUGCUCAACCUUCCCACGGUGAACCAGAAGAACCAGAAGAAGGCGACGAUGACGAGGAUGGCGAAGAGGACGAUCAAGAGGACAUAGAGGAACAGGAUGAGAUGGAGGAGCUGGAGGAACAGCAGCAAGACGAUGACAACGAUGGCGAAGGUGAUGGCAGCGACGAUGGCGCCGAGUACGACCCCGAGUCCGUUUCGAUCACACCGAUCCCUCAGAUUACAGAACCUGCUUCCGCCCCUACUCCUGCCACUGCCCCCGCGCCGGCCGCGCCGGCCAAGCCAAGGGCUGCAAAGCCCAAAGUGUCUGGAGGAUUCCUAGUGGGAGACUCGGACGAUGAGGACGAUGAUGCGCCCCGUUCCAACUCUGCACUAGGUCAGGUGGCCUCCAUUUCCCGCCCACAAUCCGCCCUGAAUGUGUCAACUCCCAACCAGGGCCAAGUGGGCGCCUCGUCCACGCCGGUCAACGGCGGGCCUUAUGCUCCUCCUGCUUCAGUUGUUGCUGCUUCCGCGCCCGCGUUGGCCACAAGCGCUUCUCCUAGCCUCCGCCGCCUUAGCCAGGUCGAUGCUCUGCGCCAGGCCUACGACCGCUUUGUCACAACAUUCCCACAAGCUGCCGACAUAUGGGUUGAGUGGAUCAAGCUUGAACUCGACAGCAUGAAUACAACUGCCGCCGAGGCACUUUUCCAACGCAGCCUUCUCACCGUUUCAGAUGUUCAGCUGUGGACCACCUAUAUCAACUACAUCCGCCGCCGAAAUGACCUUAGCAACGAUCCCAACGGCCAGGCACGCCAGGUCAUCAGCCAAUCCUACGAAUUCAUCAUCGAUAACGUGGGCAUGGACCGCGAAUCCGGCUCACUGUGGAAGGACUGGAUUCAGUUUAUCAAGAGCGGGCCUGGCGUUGUCGGUGGCCCUGGCUGGCAGGACCAGCAGAAGAUGGACCAGCUGCGCAAAGCUUACCAUCGUGCUAUUACUGUGCCCAUGUCAGCCCUCACGGAGCUCUGGAAGGAUUACGAUCAGUUUGAAUUGGGCCUGAACAAAGCUACGGGCCGGCAAUUCAUCCAGAAGAGGUCGCCUGGCUACAUGACGGCCAAGUCUGCUUCCCUUCAAAUGGAUCGCAAGAUUGGCAACCUCAACCGCACUUCCCUGCCCCGUCUUCCUCCAGCACCAGGUUUUGCUGGCGCUACCGAGUACACGGAACAAGUCAACAUCUGGAAGCAGUGGAUUCAGUGGGAAAAAGAAGACCCGCUCGUUCUUGCGGAUGACGAACCCGAGGUACUGAAGCAGCGCAUUCUCUACGUUUACAAGCAGGCCCUGAUGGCAUUGCGUUUCUGGCCCGAGAUGUGGGUGGACGCUGCCGAGUGGUGUUUUGAGAACAACAUCUUCAAAGACGGGGUCGAUUUGGGCAUCAAGUUCCUCACAGACGGCAUUGCGGCAAACCCCGAGAGCGUUUUACUGGCUCUCAAACACGGCGACCGGAUUGAAAUGACACUUCCCGUUGCCGAUACUGAGGAAAGCAAGGAGGAGCGAGCAAAAGCAAUCCGCGAGCCCUAUGACCAAGUCUUGGAGACGCUCUAUCAUAUGAUGCAAAAGUUGAAGGAACGCGAAAAGAACGAGCUUGCCAAGAUCGAGAAGGCAGCGACGGAGCACGCUGGGCGUAACGACGGGGAUGAUAAUGACGACCAGGAUCAGACACUUGCCCUCGAGCAGCGAACCCAGGCUGUCAAACAGGGCUUCAGCCUUCAGACUGAACUGCUGAAGCGUACUAUUUCCUUUAUCUGGAUCGCUCUUUGUCGCGCGAUGCGUCGCACGCAGGGCAAGGGAUCACAGACCAAGGGCCUUAGGCAGGUCUUCACCGAAGCCCGUGGCAAGGGUCAGUUGACAAGCGAUGUCUAUGUGGCUGUCGCCUUGAUAGAGUCAGUGGUAUACAAGGAUCCUGCAGGUGGCAAGAUCUUUGACCGUGGCGCCAAGCUGUUUCCCGAGGAUGAAGGUUUUAUGCUGGAGUACAUCAAGUACUUGCACCUGAAGGACGACACAACGAAGCGGUACUCUGUCGACAGCUUCGACCCUAUUGCUUACCGACUGAUUAUCUCACCUGCCGUCCAGCUGCGGCCCAAUCUCAUCAUGCCCUCGAUUGAGCAGGCCACCUCUGUCCGUGACGCUACUCCGUUGCCAACAGCGAGCCCAGCGCCUCAGUACCUCGGUACGACAAAUUCUCCGAAAAGACCUUAUCCCGGCGAUGACCAGGAGGAAUACAACCGCCCGCGCAAGCUCGCUCGUGGACAGUCGCCUCUUAAGGGCGCAGCAGGUCGCCGUCUUGACCAGCAGCGUCAGAACCAGGGCGCACCACUUGCUCGAGACAUCACAUUUUUCCUUGGUAUCCUACCCCCGACACACUCGUACAAUGCCCAGCUCUUCAGCACCAGUGGCCUCGUGAACCUUCUGCGAGACACCCCCGUGCCCGAUUACAAGCCUGGUGCCACAUUUGAAGGUAGUUCUGGGGCCUACCGCCAAGAUACGCAGCAGCAGUUUACGCAACCACCUCCAGGCCAGUGGCCGCCGCCGAGUGCGCCACAGUUUGAAGGCGGUGCCCCUUCGAGCUGGCCGCCGCCACCGAAUGGUUACUCUGGAUAUACAGCCCCCCCUUCGCAGCAGUACGGACAAUAUCAGUAUUAG